AUGUCUUCGCUGCGCUAUCUUGAGAGACUUUCUGACGGCUUCGCUCAGGUGAUCGGCACGCUUCACUUCGCUCGAAUCGCCGCUGUGUUCCUACGAGAAGGCCGCCAGCAAGGGGACGACCGCAGCUUGACCAUCUUGAGCAGCGUCAAUGCCUUCCGGGAGAGCCCGGGGCUAUAUAUCUAUCAAACCGGUAAACACGCGGUUCAUGGCACUCUGCGAAGCUCGAGGAAGAUCCUAUGGGAGCGAGACGGCAUAAGAGUGAAUGCUGUUUGUCCCGGGGUUACCGACUCAGAAAUGACGAAGCACAUUAUAUCGGCGUUCAAGGCGGGUGGCCUAUACUGGCAGCCGCCGGAUGCGGUUGGCAAGAUCAUCCUUGGUCUUCAAGCAGAUCCAAGCAUAUAUGGCAAAGCUUACUACAUUGAAGGCGGUGGUGCGUGGGAAUUCGAAAACACGUUCCUCGAAUACCAGCCGCAGUGGUUGGGUGAAGAGGGCACAAGAAGAAUGCGGGUCAACUCUGAAGCAGUACAGAAGGGAGCCUUGACGAAAAACUAG